UUUUUUGUUUACGAGAAAGUAGAAUGGCGGUCGAAAGGCAACCCAACGAGCUUCCUCAGGUUUUGGUUCUAAGUCCUCCCGCAAUUUUCACAUCUCUGGAAUCCCAAUUCUCAAUCAGAUUUCAUAUGCUAAAACCAUGGGAUUCCAAACUCCCAUUACUCCAAUUUCUCACCUCGUAUGCCCAAUCCGUCCCAGCCAUGCUCGUUGUUCCAGGUGACCGUCUUCUAGUAAACUCCGCCAUUCUCGACUGCCUCCCGUCGCUGAAGCUCGUCGUCACUACCAGCGCCGGUGUUGAUCACUUGGAUGUGGCGGAGCUACGGCGGCGUCGGGUGGCCAUUGCCUAUGCAGGAAACUUGUUUUCUCAAGAUGUCGCUGACAUGGCGGUGGGAUUACUAAUCGACGUUCUGAGGAAUGUGUCGGCAGGAGAUCGGUUCGUGAGGCAAGGGCUUUGGCCUACGCAAGGGGAUUUCCCUCUCGCAUUAAAGUUAAGCGGCAAGCAAAUUGGGAUAGUUGGAUUGGGGAAAAUAGGCACAGAAGUAGCCAAACGGCUAGAAGGUUUCGGCUGCAAAAUCUCAUACAAUUCAAGAACCAAAAAGCCAACACUUCCAUACCCCUUCUAUUCCGAUCUCCAUGAACUUGCAGCCAACUGUGAAGCCCUCAUCAUUUGCUGUGGGUUAACGGCCGAAACCCGCCAUAUGAUCGACAGGGACGUGAUGGUUGCGUUAGGCAGAGAUGGAGUGAUAGUCAACAUCGGCCGAGGGGCGAUCGUCGACGAGACAGAACUGGUUCGACGCUUGAUUCAAGGGGAGCUUGGGGGAGCUGGGCUGGAUGUGUUUGAGAAUGAACCUGAAGUUCCUAAAGAGCUGUUUAAUCUUGAUAAUGUAGUGUUGUCGCCACAUGUUGCUGUCUUAACAACUGAAUCUAUGGUGGGAUUGACUCAAUUGGCGUUGGGGAACUUGGAGGCAUUCUUCUCAAACAAACCUUUGGUGUCUCCGUAUGUGGAUUAGUUGAGGUGCAGCUAGCUGAGUUCAACAGGGAAACUACAAAACUUAAUGACAGAGGUAACUUGCUUUGUAUUGGUGAAUUCAACUCAACAUCCUUGAAGUUUUA